GUUUCCUAGACGGUAAGCACCAACCGUCGGGAUCUUCAAUCUUCUAUAUACCUGGCUACAAAUCCAGAUAUCCUCUAAUUUGAACAACAAUUCACAAUGUUGUCGAAACGGAUCAUUGCUAUCGCUCGAGGUCGAGCUCUGUUGAAGCAGAGGACCGUUGGACCCGCUUUUUCGCGGGGUUGGGAUAUCGCCAAUGGACAUGCUCAACGAGCACAGUUCCAUGCAUCGAGACUCAUUCAGGCCGAAACAAUCAAGGUCCCACAGAUGGCUGAAUCUAUCAGCGAAGGUACCUUGAAAUCGUGGUUGAAGCAGGAGGGAGAGACCGUUGCUGCAGACGAGGAGGUCGCCACCAUCGAAACCGACAAGAUUGACGUUCAAGUCAACGCGCCAAAGUCCGGCAAGAUUGUAAAGUUGUUGGCGAGCGAGGAGGAUACCGUUACUGUGGGGCAGGACCUGUUCAUUAUUGAGCCGGGUGAGGUCGGAGAGACCGCCGCCCCGCCCCCCGCCAAGGAGCCUGAAGGAACUGCUGCACCCGCACAGGAGACUAAGGAUGCCUCGGAACCUGCAGAUCAACAAGUAGACAAGAAACUUCCUGCUCCCCCUGCGCCAUCACAAGCCGAUAAGACGCCUGAAGUGAAAGAGCAGGUUACAAAACCUAAAGAGAAGGAAGAUGUGAAGAAGAGCAGUAAAAAGGAGAGCGAGCCUGCCCCCAGACCCGCCGCUGGGUCCCGGACGGAGACCAGGGUCAAGAUGUCGCGUAUGCGCCUCCGUAUCGCCGAGCGUCUCAAGGAGUCCCAGAACGCCGCUGCCUCGUUAACCACCUUCAACGAAAUCGACAUGUCCUCGCUCAUGGAGAUGCGCAAGAAGUACAAGGACCAGGUCCUCAAGGAGCAUGACGUCAAGCUCGGAUUCAUGUCUGCCUUUGCCAAGGCCUGCUCUCUCGCCCUCCGGGAUAUCCCUGCCGCCAACGCCAGCAUCGAAGGCGACGAGAUCGUCUACCGCGACUACGUCGAUUUGAGCGUUGCUGUUGCCACCCCCAAGGGUUUGGUCACUCCCGUCUUGCGAAACGCAGAGUCAAUGAACUUCAUUGAGAUUGAGAGGGAGAUUGCUGCUCUUGGCAAGAAGGCUCGUGAUGGCAAACUCACCCUUGAGGAUAUGGCCGGCGGUACCUUCACCAUCUCGAACGGCGGUGUCUUCGGAUCGCUCUUCGGAACCCCUAUCAUCAACUUGCCUCAGGCUGCUGUGCUCGGUAUGCACGCCAUCAAGGAUAAGCCCGUGGUCGUCGACGGCCAGAUCGUCAUCCGACCCAUCAUGGUUGUUGCCCUUACCUACGACCACCGACUGCUCGACGGCAGGGAAGGUGUUACUUUCCUCGUGAAAGUCAAGGAGUACAUUGAAGAUCCUAGAAAGAUGUUGCUUGCUUAAACGAAAUAGGACGAUCAAUCAAUCAUCAUAACAUCUUACAUUCCAUUCGACUCUAACUCCCCUACUGUUGGGCCCAUAGUUGUAAUCCUUUCCUGUGUACCGUGAGCGACCACAUCUAUUUAUGUUCCCUAAUAUCUUCCUCCCUCCACGCUCCUUUAAUCUUCUUUCUCUUUUACUAGAUUGAAUAUCACGGACUCUUC